AUGACCGAAACCAGGAAAGGCGUUCUCGCCCAAGGCGCCCAGAACUUCAAGGAUCUGUUCCACUGGAAGGUUCGUUCGACCGUUAUCAAUGAACAUGGCGAGGAAGAAGUGACGUGGGAGAGGCCCACCGCACCGCCCAACCCGCUCAGGCUCCUCACGAUGCUCGGUCUCGCAGGCUGGGGUGCCUAUCUCAUCGGAUUCAGCGCCUGGACCGCCGAUGCCUUUGACUUCCACGCCCUCUCGAUCCAGACGACCAAGCUCUCGAAACACUUUGGCGUAUCCAAGACCAAGGUCACCGAAGCUAUUACACUUACGCUGCUUCUACGUUCGGUGGGCGCUGCCAUCUUUGGCAUGUUUUCCGACUACUUUGGCCGCAAGUAUCCGCUCGUGAUCAACAUGUGGUGUCUCGGUGCUCUGCAGGUUGCCUCAAUCUACUGCCGCAACUUCAACCAAUUCCUCGCCGUGCGAGCCCUGUUCGGGCUCUUUAUGGGGGGCGUCUAUGGCGCUGCAAGCUCGAUGGCCUUAGAAAACAUCCCAACCGAAGCACGUGGUCUCUUCUCGGGUAUCUUCCAACAGGGUUACUCGUUUGGAUAUGUUCUUGCAGCAUGCGUCAACCUCGGUGUCGGCGGUGCGACCAAGACGUGGCCCACCAUGUUCUGGGUCGGCGCCGGCUUCUCGUUUGCUGUUGGCUUCUUUCGUCUGGCUUGGCCCGAGUCCAAGCAGUUCGUUGAGGCCCACAAGGCCUCCAAGGGCUCCAGCACCAAGAACUUCCGCAAGAGCUUUGGCGGCAUGCUCAAGAAGGAGUGGAAGGUGUGCAUCUACGCUAUCAUUCUCAUGAGUUGGUUUAACUGGUUCUCCCAUAGCUCGCAGGACUCGUACACCACCUUCAUGCUGUCCGGAAAACAGCUGAACAACACGGCAGCUUCGAGAGCAUCGAUCCUGAUGAAGACCGGAGCAUGCGUUGGUGGUACUAUCUGGGGCUACAUGUCGCAGUGGAUUGGACGACGACGAGCGAUGGUCCUGGCCUGCUUGGUCUGCUGUUGCCUCAUUCCUGCUUGGGUGCUGCCCUCCACCGAAUCCGGUCUCGAGGCUGGUGGUUUCAUGCUUCAGGCCAUGGUUCAAGGUGCUUGGGGUGUGGUUCCUAUCUACCUCUCCGAGAUCUCGCCUCCUGCGUUCCGAGCUGUGUUUGUGGGUCUUACUUACCAGCUGGGUAACGCCAUCUCGUCGCCUUCGACGCAGCUCAUCAACUAUCUCUCGGAGAACAACUUUGUCAAGGGACCCAAGGGCAAGCGCGUCGAGGCGUACGGCCCUGUCAUGGCGAUUGCCACUGCCAUCAUCGCCGUCGGACUGGCUCUGACUGCCUCUGUCGGUCCCGAAAAGAAGGGAGCCAGGUUCGAGCGCGCUGCUGCUGCUACCGCCGCGCCUGAGCCCCAGCUUCCGGUGUACAACAAGGAAGUGGACGACGAUGUUUCUGAGAAGGACGAGGACGUGCUUGCUCAGACCCAGACCGCUCUUUCCAAGUGA